CGACUAUCGCGACAACCGGGCCUCUGUCGUAGAGAUUAAUCCCGCGGAAGUGGGCAGCUCUACUUCCGGCGCUGAUCGCGGCCCCUUCCGUCCGUAGAGCCGGGGCUUGUCUAGCCGCGGGACCUCCCUCUCUAUGGUCCGCGCUGUUCCCAGUCUCCUCAGCGGCCGCUGUCGAAGCCGGGAGGAGCGCAGCGGCGGCGGCAGCGGGUGCGGGCCUGGCCUGGCUACUCUGGUCCCGUCCCUUCCCUUCCCUGCCCGUGGCCCUCGUGUCGGCCAUGGAGCUGGAGGUGCCUGAGGAGGCGGAAAGCUCGGCUGUGGCGGGUGCCGGUGCCAUCACCCCGGAGGCCGGCGUGGGGGGACCGGACGCGGCAGGAGGUCUGGCACUGAAGAAGGCAGCAGUCACUGAGGGACCAUCACAGGGAAAGAAGAUAGGCCAUCGAGGUGUUGAUGCUUCUGGUGAAACCACUUACAAAAAGACCACCUCAUCCACUCUGAAGGGGGCCAUCCAGCUAGGGAUUGGAUAUACUGUUGGCAAUCUGAGCUCCAAGCCAGAGAGAGAUGUCCUGAUGCAGGACUUCUACGUGGUAGAGAGCAUUUUUUUCCCAAGUGAAGGCAGCAAUCUCACCCCUGCCCAUCACUACGCUGACUUCAGGUUCAAGACCUAUGCACCAGUGGCUUUCCGGUACUUCAGAGAACUCUUUGGGAUUCGUCCAGAUGAUUAUUUGUACUCCCUGUGUAAUGAGCCUCUCAUAGAGCUGUCAAACCCUGGUGCCAGUGGCUCCCUCUUCUACGUUACCAGUGAUGAUGAAUUCAUCAUAAAAACUGUGAUGCACAAGGAAGCUGAAUUCCUACAAAAGCUCCUUCCUGGCUACUACAUGAAUCUAAACCAGAACCCACGGACACUGCUGCCAAAGUUUUAUGGACUGUACUGUGUGCAAUCAGGAGGGAAAAACAUCCGUGUGGUUGUAAUGAACAACAUUCUGCCUCGUGUGGUGAAAAUGCAUCUGAAGUUCGACCUGAAAGGCUCAACUUAUAAACGCCGGGCAUCCAAGAAGGAGAAAGAGAAGUCCAGCCCUACAUACAAGGAUCUAGACUUCAUACAAGACAUGCCUGAGGGCCUGAUGUUGGAUGUAGACACCUUCAAUGCAUUGACAAAAACAUUGCAACGAGACUGUCUGGUAUUGGAAAGUUUUAAAAUCAUGGACUACAGCCUCCUGCUUGGGGUUCAUAAUAUAGACCAGCAAGAACGGGAGCGACUGUCAGAGGGAGCGCACAGCACAUCGGAUGAGAAGCGUCCCGUGGGGCAGAAGGCACUUUAUUCCACAGCCAUGGAGUCCAUCCAGGGUGGGGCUGCCCGGGGGGAGUCCAUAGACACAGAUGACACGAUGGGAGGAAUCCCAGCAGUGAAUGGCAAAGGAGAGCGUCUCCUGCUGCAUGUAGGAAUAAUAGAUAUCUUGCAGUCAUACAGGUUCAUUAAGAAGCUAGAACAUACCUGGAAGGCCCUUGUCCAUGAUGGGGACACGGUGUCAGUACACAGACCUAGCUUUUAUGCAGAGAGAUUCUUCAAAUUCAUGACCAACACGGUGUUUAGAAAAAAUUCCUCUCUGAAGUCCUCUCCCUCAAAGAAAGGGCGCAGUGCCUUGCUGGCUGUCAAAACGGUUGGUCCAACAGCUGCAUUUUCAGCCAGCCAGCUUCCCUCUGAAAAGGAUGACACCCAGUAUGAUCUUCGUGCAGCCAGGAGUUACCCUACGCUUGAUGAUGAAGCAGGGAGACCAGACCUGCUACCCUGCACACCUCCUUCCUUUGAAGAAGCUACCACAGCCUCCAUAGCCACAACACUAUCUUCAACAUCCCUCUCUGUUCCUGAGCGAUCCCCUUCGGAAACCUCUGAGCAGCCCAGGUACAGGAGGCGCACGCAGUCCUCGGGGCAGGAUGGCAGGUCACAUGAGGAGGUGCGGGUUGAGGAGGAACUUCAGCAGAUCAGUGUCGAGCUGGAACCCAAAUGUGAUGUUGAGAUCGUAGCUCCUGAAGAAGAUGACAAAGAAGAGGCAGCUUCAUCAGCCUGUGCCAUUGUAACAUCCACAGCUACAAUAGAGGUGGAAACAGCCAGCCAGGCCUCCGAACCAGCCAGCCAGGCCUCGGAUGAAGAUGAUGUGCCAGUCACAGACAUAUACUUUCCGACAGACGAGAGGAGUUGGGUUUACUCCCCGCUCCACUAUAGUGCUCAGCUCCACUCUGUCUCCGAUGAGGAGAGCGAUACAUAAUCUCUAUGCAGACACAGAAGCCCCAGAGAGCAGCAAUUCCCUCUGCAGGUCGAUGUGUUCCCUUUUCGUUGAUGCAGCUGUUCCAGUGGGAUGGGGAAGAGCUUGCUGAGACCAGUAUUGCUGCACUGCAGGAUCCCAGGCACUGCAUUUCAGAAUGGAGCAAAACUAUAACCAUGUAUUUCUACUUAUCCCAGAUGUGGGCAGCAAAGAAACCACCCGCUCACCCGCAGCUCCCAACGGAGACAUCCAGCUGGGUGUAGAGAAUCCUGGGUAGUAACACAGUGUUUUCCAGACGUUCACUACUGUAGCUACCUAUCCAUGUGUGAUACUGUGAACCUUUUUAAUUUUUUAAUCAUAUAUUUAUUUCUUUCAUCUUUGCACAGAGGCAGCACAAAUGUGCUUUUUUAAACAUUUAGUUUACUGCACUUUUUUCUUUUUUUUUUUUUUUUUUUUGUUGUUGUCAUAUAUUUGUGCAUCAGAAAGGAGUGUGAGAUUUCACUGGAGAAUUAGUAUGAGCACGUUGCUGGGGAGGGCAGGGACCAGAGUGGCUUCAUGUGAGGCAGCGGUGUGAUCUGACCAACUGAUGGAGUCAGGAAGUUGUUUAAGGCUGUCCAGACUCUUUCAUGGUUUUUCCGAGUUACCUAAGGCAAGUCACUUAACCACUCUGUGCCUCGGUUUCCCCCAUGCUAAUGGGUGUAUAGUACCCACUUCUGUUAAAGCACUUAAACCCUGGGAUGAAAGGUGCUAUGUAAAUGCAAUGUAUUAAAGGCCAUUGAAUAGAAUUGCUCCCAUGUUAGUUGUCCAGAGUAGCCAUGCCAAUUUACUUGGAAUCAAAAAUCACUAGUGACUUCUCUCUAUCUGUAACACCACGCGGGGGAAGCAAACAACUCCUGGCGACAGUGACGUGGUCACCUCGGCUCUCCUCCGGACGUCGCGAUGGGUUCUGCCUUCACCAUGUGCUGCACUGCUGCCUCACCCCAUCCCUCUCUAUGCUUGGAGUCCAUGCUUCAUCUUACCAGCUGCCACACCACCACCUGCUCCAGCCACAGGCAGGGACAGACAAGGACUCGGCACCCCAGGGACCCACUGCGCUGGAGUGCGAGCUCCCUGCUCUGCUUGUCUGGAUGCCACUGGGUCCUGCUGGAGCCACUUAGCACCUCGCAUGCUCUUGGGUGUAUCCCACCCCUUAGUACUCGGGGGCGGUUAUGAAUGUUGGGUUCACACGUAUCCUCUGUACCUCAGGGCAAUCUGGGAGGCACAUGCACGUCUGCACACACUGGAGGCAGAAAGGAGAAGCCUGGCUCUGCCACUUCAUCACUCUGGGAGGCGGUGUGUUCGUUCUUGGACUCUGUUGGACAAAAAGCUGGGUGACUGAGGUGUUGCCUGUGGUAUUGGAAAUCUCUGCUGCAGAUGUCUGAGACAAUUUGCAUUUUCAGGGCUGCAAGCUUUAGGUGAGAGGAUUUGGUGUCACUCGGUAGUUUUCAUACUAGGCUUGUCUACCUGCCAGCAGGACAUAUGCCACAGCUUUGUCCUGAACUCUGGCAGUUCCAUCCUCAGCUCCCAGAGAGAAAGGAUAUCCUUUAAAUCAGAGGGAGCCAAGUCUUAUUCAUGUGUUUUAGGAGCCUCACUUGAGGAAGAGGGUCAAAAAAUCUCUAUUCUCAUUACAAUCUUCAGACUGUCUUUGGAAUUUCCUGUGGAGGAGUGAGGAAGUGAGACCCUUCUCUCGGGAUCCAUCCCCCCAGUCUGUCUUCAGAGCAGCACUCAGGAUGGGUUAAUUCAUGUCCCAGAAGGUAACUGGACUGGUGGGAAGCUUUUCCCCUCUGCAAAGUAUGGAACUUAGUGAGGAUCUUCAUGAAAUGACAUUUUCUUGCCUAGAAGUACAGGACCUAGACUUCUCUACUUGCCUGCAGAUGCUGAAGGCUGUAAGCUGUGCUUCUCUCCAGAGCACAGGCCCAGGGAACUUGCAAGCUGCUGCCAUUAGAUGUAUUCACAUAUUUACCAAAUAAGCUAUCAAAAAAGUCUUUAAAAAAGAGACGCUCCCCGUCCAGUCGCCACUUGACAGUUUGUUCACCCAGCUCAUAGCAUUCCCUGCAGGAAGGCUGGGAAGUGUUUCCCAACCCAUCCCACUGCUUGUGGCAGUGCCCUGGGCUCCACAGGCUGCGUGGCCGUACCACGAGGGGCUCAGGAGCUCGGCAGAGGUGAGCCAGGAGUGCAGUACCUACAGCCUGACCUCUGUGCUGAAAGCAAGAGGCUUCACAGUGCUAAAAAUUCAGCAUUUGGUGGUUUUUUUUUUUUCCUCCAUGUAGAGUGGCCAAGAGGGACCUACAUCCCUUGUGCAUCUCAACUGUUGCUCCUGGGUGCUUGUGCUGGAGGAACCCAGGAGGCUGGGUUCGAGCUGUUCAACCUGAGGCCCAACUGCUCUGGUACCACCUUGUUCAUGGGCUGGUGGGUUUAGCCUCAUCAGGACUUCCCAGCUAACAUUAAAUUAAGCAUCUUGUUUAAGAUGGUUUAAGUAUCGUUGAUGGAGACUUUAUUCCCUUCCCCUCAUUUUGGGGUCUCUAAAGCUGCUUAGCCGCUGUGCAAGGUGCAGCUGAGUCCCACCUCCAUGGAGUAUCUCAGUGAAUGAACUUUGCAAGCUGGAGCCGCACUUGGUCCCAAGAGAUGUGGAGAAACCCACACCUUUUGCAGCAUGUUCAUUCUAAGCAUAGUCUUUCCUCAAGCUUUCUAGCUUUUUUGAACCAAUCCUUGUGUAGUUCUGUAUCGCUGAAUCUUUUGAAGCGAGCAGGCCUGGAUGUGGAGGGUUGGGCUUGUGAGAAGAUGUGCAAAGGGCUUAGAGCAACUUUGUCAACAUGAUGGGACAAAAGAAACUUCCUGUAGGGAAAUGCUGAUCUGAAAUGGAAACUGCUCCUUCCCAGGCUCGCACACAGUGAGUGCUGAAGAGCUUCUCAGCCUCUGCUUCUCAUGGAGGCUAAAAGGGCCUGUGAGUUUCAGCCUUGCUGUUAGUUCACCACUGCACUGUGCUGAAACAGAACAUCAGGGAGUUCAGGAGCGUUUCCCAAGGGUGGUCAGUGCUGCCAUGUCAGGACGUUUAGAGUCAGAGGAGGGCAGGACUAAGUUGCACCUAUGAGAAGGAGCACUGACCUUUUUUGGUGGAAGGCAACCAACACCAGUCCUUGGGCUGAAUGUCACUCCAGCUGUAUUUCCAGCUCAUCCAGGAUGUAAGUUGCCCACACUUUCAGCGCCCUUGUCAGGGCUUUCUCUAGUGAUCUGGCAGGUCACUGGUGAGUGCUGUGCUGUAUCCCUGCUCUCUUGCUAAAAGCAUUUCUUUUACUCUGAGAUUUGAGCAGAGCAGCCCAGCCAGUCAGCCAGUUCCCAUGUAGCCCUGUUCUCCUUUAUCCCCAUCAUCCCCACUGGGGUUCCCAGCUGUGUGGGACAUGCCCUGAACCUUGCCUGGUGCUGAGGCUGCUGGUGAGCUUUCAGCUCAGGCUCUUAGGUUUGACAAGUGAAAACUGGCGUCCCUCUCUCUGUGCUUGUCAUCAAGCUGUAAAGGCUCUGCCCAUCGCAGGCACAUACAGAGCAGAGCAGGUGUGUAAGGAAGCCAAGGAGCUGGUACAGAGAGCCCUGGAUGCUCACACCAAGGGUCCAGCUCAUGGCUGCUUUUGUCCCUGCAGAGAGCAGCUCAGCCACAGAUGCUGAAAUUGCACUUUGGGGAAGCUUUUGAGUGAAGCCAGAAUGCUCACAGGUCUUGGUCCAGGGGUGGCACAGGAACGGUGGAGUUUGCAUGGGCUCCCAAAGCAGGGCACAGCCCAGCACUCUCACCCUCUCUCAUUCUAAGCCACUCUUGUGCUCCAGCUCUUUCAGAAAAGGACAAGGUGAAAGCCACGGCUCAGGCGUACCAGGUCAUGUCUGAUUUUUCUUUCUGCUGAUGUCUACAUUAGACUCAAGUAUGUUCUAUUGGAAGUUCAUAUCCCCACUCAUUUCCCAUGGCCACUCUGUGUGCACCAUGUAAUGAAUGUAUGUGAAUACGGGGGUGUGGGGGCUGGCGGCCCAAAUGUGGUGCCAACCCGUAGGUGUUGUCACG